CAAUUCAUAACUCACAUCUCUCCUGCGCUUGUUCGGGUACAAACCAAAGAAGAGAAGAGGAAUUAUAGCUGAUGAAGCCAGUUAGUUGUCGACGGUUCUUUUAACAAUAUUCAAGGUGGAUUUGUCGUAGCCAGCUGAUCGUCAAUCAAUCAGGCGCGACCGGCUAAAUAAUUACAUUAACCGGCUGCGCUUCCGAAUGUCUGGCACAUAUCGCAGCAGGUAGUCUGCGGUUGACCCUGAAGGUCCCUUUUAGUGGAUUAUUAUCCAAGCUUGGCUUCCGGGAAAUAUAUUUAUCCACAUAAAUGCCGCCACCACGGCGAGAUAUUGCCGGUGCGCCGGUACAGUCGGCCAGCGAAUGGAAUGAUCAUUUGUGGAAAAGCGAUCAAGAAUGGAUACUUCUGUUUGACAAUCUAAUGCGUGGCUCACAACGCAAACGAUCUACUGGCAGCAGUCAAGUUCCCAUCGUGGGCGGCCAUCAAUAUCAUCCGUCAGCACAGCCAGCCCAACUGGCAAAUAAUUACAAUUCCGAUGUAUCACCAGUUUGCGGGAUUCGAACACCACUUCACAUACAACGACGAACGAUUCCGGUACAAACUACACUGUCUCCAGUAUCUUCCGCAUCAAGCAUGACGGCUAAUACUAAGCCCAGGAAUAUUUUACCAUAUCCUCCUAAUCCCGGGAUAACAUCGACCAACAAUGUCGGAGGAGUGGAAGCCGAAAACUUUAUGGAAUCCUUUCUGGAUGUGCCGCGUAUCAAUAACAUUAUUUCCGGACCAGCGGUCGAACAGGAAAUGAGUCGGAUUAACCAGGUCCUGUCCGAUGUAACGGCAGAUUGGGCAAAGCGAGUCGAUGCGCUGAAGAGGCUACGAAGCGUAGUGUUGAGCGGCGGCGAUUUAUAUAAGGAAUUCUACAGUUCACUGCGGUUUAUUGAUGUUUCCCUGAUCUGUUCGGUAAAGGAUCUAAGAUCACAAGUUGUCCGGGAGACUUGUGUAACUCUAGCAUUCCUUUCACAACAACUGGGCCAUAAAUUUGAGCGAACUGCCGAAGUUAUUCUACCAUUUCUAAUAUCUCUUAUCCCCAAUUCUGCCAAGAUUAUUUCCAGUUCCGGAAUCGUAGCCAUCCGAUUUAUUCUGCAGAACACCCAUUCGCCGAAAUUAGUCCCGAUUAUUGUGAAUCAUUUACAAACAUCACGAUCAAAAGAUAUUCGCCGGUAUUGUUGUGAAUUUGUUAAACAUAUUUUAUUUAUCUGGCCAAAAGAAUCACUUGAGAAACAUGCGGCGCUUUUGCAAGAUGCCAUUAAACGUGGAAUCGUUGACGCGGACCCGGAGGCGCGCUCGCUUUCACGACAAGCGUACUGGCAUUUCACCACAGUCUUUCCUAACCACGCCGAUGUGCUCAUCAGUCAGUUGGACCCAUCGAAUAAGAAGAUGAUCUUAGAGGAUAAUCGUGGUCAAGUGCCGGUGCACGCACAGGCCUCCCAACGCCAUACACCGCCGCGUGAUACCGCCGCCCCGGGUACGGCUGCAUCGCGUUCAUCGUCCAGGAUAAGGAGAAAUGAGGAUAGCGAACCUGAGGUAAACGGAUCUGUUGUUAAGACCACGAUAAGGUCAUCCAGCGCUAUUGAUACCGAUGCCGCCCGGCGUGCACGAGCGAAGAGUAAUAUCCCAAAUGCACCCCUUAAACCACCGGCAUCGAGUGGUCUGGCCACACCACUGCGCAGCCGGAAGUCUUUUGUUACUUCUUCUAAACCACCCUCGCGUGCUACUUCUCCAGCCAUCACCCCGAAAAAUGGCUUCCUCUCGAGAUCCUCGGCUAACAGCCGUGAUAAUAGUCCUGAAAAAUUGAGCUCUAAUAAAAAAGCUGCAACCGGAAGAUCUCCUUCCGUAUCAGCGGGAAAGCGAAAUCAGAAUGAUAACAAAGGUUACCAGUCUGACAACGAUGAUACCGGUAGCCAGUAUGGCUCCCAGGUGUCACUAUCCGGGCAGCGAUACGUUUAUAGCGUGGCAGAAAUAAUGGGCUUCCUCAACAGUCCGAACUGGUCAUCGCGUAAAGAAGGCUUAUUAGGACUGCAGAAAUACCUGCGAAGCGGAACAUUAUAUCCGGCCGACGUGGAUAACGUACGAUUACUACUGACCCGUAUGAUGUCGGAUCCGACAACAAAAGUCUUCAGUUUGUUUCUCGACACUCUCUAUGACUUUAUCAAUGUGCACAAAUUGGAUUUGGGCAGCUGGCUCUACACCUUAUUGACACGUCUGUUCGGCAAAAUGAGUGUUGAUCUGUUGCCGUCGGUGCAGUGUAAAGUUGAGCGCUGCUUAGAGCUAAUACGCGGAUCGUUUGCCGCGGAAAAUCAGUUUCAGCAGCUGCUGAAAUUCAUCAACGAUUCCCUGCAGACGCCCAAUACCAAAGUGAAAAUGGCCUUCCUAACGUACUUAACGAAUUUAAUCCGUUGUAAUAUGGUGGCCAGUGAUUUUAAAAACACCAGCGCGGUCCGCAUCGGCGUGACCAAACUCGUCAACUGGUCACUCGACGCCAAGACGCCGGAGCUGCGUCGAGCCGCGCAAAAUGUCCUCAUUGCGCUGCACGAGCUGAAUGCCGGGGAGUUUACGAGUAUGCUGGCGCUAAUGGAUGAAUUUCUACGUGAUACUGCACUGAAAGUGAUAAGUGGGCCGCCCAAGAAGGAACUGUCCGAUAAGCCGGCAAUCGGAAACGGAAGAAGCCGGCAAAAUUCCGUGUCGCGCAAUGAUUUGACGUCAGCGGAAAAAGCAACGGUUAUUACCUCGCCGCAGUCGUCAAAUGAUGAAAAUAUCAAUCCGGAAGACUAUUACGCUUGCCUGCGACAAACAACGCAAGCCAUUGAAAAGUUCAGUCUGUGCUCCAAUCUUGACUACAGUUCGGGUGAUGAAGGGCGAAAACAUCCAGGAAGUGAGGACAGUGGAUUCAGCCGGAACAGUUUAAACGUGCCGGUUGCGGUGGACGAUUCCGAAAACAGCAGCCAACCCGACGAUUCAAUCCCUGAAGGUUCAGUCUUACAUGUCGUUCCGAUGCUUACCGAUCAAAACACAAAGGUAGCUUUAGAAGGAUUAGACAGAUUGGACACGGUCGUCGACAAAGCUCAUCAAUGGUCGGAUUCCGAAAAAGACGCCAUUGCAAAAGGUCUAGAAGCAGCGCUAAACCAUUCCGACUCGUCGGUAGCCUUAAGCGCGCUCCAUAUAUACCAAAGGGUGGUUAGCAUGGACAAGUACAUGUUCAAAGGCUUGCUUCCUGUGAUUCUCGAUUUGCAAGGAGAUUCGAAUAGACAGGUUUCGGACGCAGUCGAUAAGUUUUUGCUCAGAGUAAAAGACAUUUGCCCAUUGUCAGUGGUCUGCGAAAUUCUUGGCGGUCAUCUGAUGGAAGCCGAAUCUUGUACAGGAAUUAAAGCGGCAUCCUUAUUACUGCGGAUAAUUCAAACCAGCGAGAACGAUGUACUUUUAAAUGCUAUUCCUGAUUUGAUGCCUGUCAUUGUUCAGGGAUUCAAUCUUUCCAUGGAGCCAAAUAUCAGAAAGGAAUGCAUGUUAUGCAUAAUUGAAAUACAACUCAAAUUUGGUGCCGAUGCAGUGUUUCCUUAUAUUAAAGAUUUAAGCGUGAACAAGAUAAAAUUGUUGAAUCUGUACCUUCAACGGAAGUAAUCCGGAGCUCACAGUUAGCGGGAUUACGGACAUUAGGAUCAAGAGAUAUCUGUAUCUGUAGAUAAAAGUUUUAACCAACGAAGCUGCUCAAAUUUGGUAACACUUUUAAGACAUCCGUGCGCUGAUCGUGAAUGACAUUGAUGCUAAGUCUAAAAUUGUGCCAUUUGACCUUUUUGGAGAGUUUAUCUGAUAAACAUGUGUGCCAUGUGUAAAAACUGUUUCUAAAUUUUGUUAAACGGCAGUUUAAAUGUGUGAAAAAGAAAUGCAUACAGACUGCCAUAAAAGUGCACACUGCACAGACUCGA